GGCAACCGUACUUCUGUAAUUUUUAGGUGAAAAAUGUCUCGAAUAUCAAGAACUCGCUAUCCCUUCGCACGCUGGCGUCCACACUUGGCGCCAAGCCCGUGCCCCAACGUACGCGCCAGCACGUAAACAAGCCAAAUAGCUAGUUAUUAUCCACAAUCAAAUACUCCACAAUGCCACGGACAUCUAAUGAUGUCGACUACGUGCAGAAGGACCCGAAGCCUUACAAACACCCCAAACUUCCCUACCCCAAGCCUACGCCGCUGCCUGCAUUCGAGCCACUACAAAUCAACAACUACGACGCGCCCGGCACCCCCAAUAUACCUCCAGGUCUUGAUCAGCAUGAUCCUGUGGCCCUAUUCCGCCUAUUCUUUACCGAUGAAAUGGUAGAGAAGAUGGUGCGCUGGACGAACGAGUACGCCAAGGAUCACCGGCCGUCCAAGGGCUCAGCUACUUCUAUUUGCACGGGAUGGAAGGAUUAUAUGGCCAAGCUUAACUCUAUAGACUAGCUUGUAUAUAGCUGCUACACGUAUUUGAAUUGCCUCAGCCGGGUGUAGGCCUCAUCACGGGGGCCUAAUUCGGAGCCUCUAAUUGGCCGAAUCCUUAUCGAUAACUGUGGACGUAAAUCAGCGUGCGAAGAGAUAGAGUACACUGAUUGUAAAAGUAUCGACAUAUGCGCAGGUUCUGAAUUGCUCAAAAGUUGAAGGACGUCCUCCUUCCGGAACCAAGGGUAUUCUGUUUCAAGUCAUAUGGAGAUAUAAAACU